UUUGCAAACAAAGCAAAUACACAAGCGCCCUCUCUCUCUGAUCACGUGAUCAAAACAAACCGGCCAAAACUGGUGCGUUGGAGAAGAGAUUGGUUGGAAGGAGACUUUGCAUUUUCAAGGUUGUUGGAUGUACUGAGCGGGAGAUGGAAGCUGAACCCCCAGACCCAGUGCUAGUGCAGCUCGGUAGUUCUAACCUGACUAUAGCCAGCAUACACACCAUAGGGAGUGCCAACCUCACCCCCCUACCACAGAAGAAGAAGUUCCUGUCCCGCGAGGGCUCUGUCGCGGGGACGGACCUCCUGCCGAUCUGUCGGAUCUGCCAGCUCCCCGGGGAUCUACCUGACCCCCUGUUCUCACCCUGCCGCUGCUCAGGGUCACUUCGAUUUAUACACUAUAGCUGUUUGAAGAAAUGGAUAAGCAUUUCCACAAGAAAAACAAAGAAACCACCCAAGUGUGAGCUGUGCCAAUACCAAUUUAACAGACACAAGAAAUUCAGGUUUAAGAACUGGCGAUGGCCGCGCGUGAAUGCUCGGGACAAGUGCCUCCAUCUGGUGUUCCUUGUCAACCUCUUGAUUAUGAUUGGCUGCGCCGUGGCUACUAUUAUGUGUUUUCUCUCGGACAAGGGACAGAUAAACAAACUCCCAAAAAACAAAGUAGAACUGACAAUCGAGGAGAUCAUUACGUUGGCCUGUGGGGUCACGUUUUUCGUGGCGUUCUUCAUCGCCAUGACGGUGGAGAUCAAGGCUAGACACACGCUGUACAAACUGUUCCUGAAAUUCGUAACGCAGAACACAGACUGGGCAGUGGACUCCUACGAUAAAAGCAAAGAUCCCGGUUAUGGUGGUCCAGUUGCCUACGUGUGAUUGAGGGGCGUACUGUAUGGGGUGGGUUUGUGUAAUUGAGAGACUCGCAUGGAUUCAGUUUGUGUGAUUUAGGGACUCAUUGUAUGGGGUCAGUUUGUGUGCGAGUGGGAGAGAGAUGGUGAGAGUCAGUAACCGAGCAUCACAAACUUUAUAAGAAUGACAGUGGAGAUGAGAAAACUGCGUGAUGUUAUGAGUCACAAGGCAACUGCAUUAAUCAACACGGGUCAUGAGAGUAUGAGAGACUGCAUCGUGGGAGUGGGGACGAGUGGAAAGCAGUUGAACAAAUCUAACAGGUCAUCCACUGUUUACACACUUAACUUGUUACUGUGAUAUGUCUUAUUUCUUCCAUUUAUUAUCACCAAUCUCUUCAUUUCUAUCGACUUUCUAUGUCUUGUAUUUUGGUUCAAGGAACCAAAUCUCUUCCUAUUCAAUUAUUCAUGUACUGAUAAUUGAGGGGAUCAUUAAGGAAGGCUAGGACUACUAUUGUAAUGACUUAAAACUUCCAACGUCUCUGUUAAAUUUUUUGGGCUAAAUAUUCAACAAAUGUUUAGGGGAUGACCAUUUAAUUCUGAAAAGGGGGGGGGGCAAGUUUUGUCAAGUCAGAUUCUUUUUUUUGCCAUUGGAGGAUUUCAUAUUUGUUUCCUAGAUGAUAAGAGACAUUAUCUAUUUUUUUCCCUGGAAAAAAGUGGAUUGGAAAAAGACAGUCAAAAAGACUUUAUUUUGGGGGUUAGGGAGGGAUGGGUGUCCACCAGUCAAGGAGAGAUUAUUUUCCUCCCAUUUGAGGUCAAAUUUAUAUUCAACAUGUUCAAAUAUUAUUGACUUCCAAAAAUCCACCAUUCCCUCUCCCUUUCAGAAUCAAAUGGUCAUCCCCCUCCUAAUCUUUCUGUUUUAUUGAGUACUUCACAUUGAAGUCAUUAUUGCUACAUACUGUGGCAUGGACCAGAUCAGCAUGAUACAAUGAUUAGUUCCAAACCGAAAAUCUGAGCAUAACAACACCUCUGUAAGUUAAAUUUCAAUUUUUAUCCUCUCUCUGAAAGUUAUAAUCAGUUAUUGAAUCAUGGUGCUCUGGUCUCCCUUAAUCUGUAAACCUGCUCUCCUGUGAGGCUCAUGAGAUUUCUAAUGAAAUUAAAUUACAAAGUUUAGUAAAGAAAUAUUGCAGAGUUUUUGAGCGGAGAAAAAGAGUUUGAGUGACAACGCACAAUUAUAUUUAGAGUGAUUACUACAUGUAUACAUGUGUCUUGACCAUGACGAAUUCGGAAUAUAUUUUUCUUCUGAAUGGUCAUAUAACAUGUCUUUGACAUGAUUAAGUAUGUAUUAUAAUCCAGGAAUUCACUUCACUAUUAAUCUAGGAUAGAACUUGAUCACCACAUUUUUAUAUCAAACAUUUUUGCAGCACUAACUUAGCGAACUGAAUCAUUUAUAUAAUGUUUUUGGGUUCUUUAUCAUUUUAAUACUUAUGUAUAUCUAUUUUUAUCAGAGGUAGAAAUAGUAGAUAAAAUUUGGAUUGUGGAUACAGUGAGGAGAGUAAUAAGUGGAGAACUUUUGGAAAGUCUGAAAGUCUGAAUGUUUUGUAGAAUUUUUUGCUUUCUGAACACUCAGAAAAGUAUAUAAAUGUGUGGUUUUUUAAAAGUGAUGUACUGUAUGAACAAUAGCCAAGACUUGAUACAAUUUUUUUGGAAACUGGCUCUCAGUAAAAGUCAAGAAAAUGAAUGUGAAGAAUAAUUUUGUACUUUUUUGAUAAGCAUUGCUUUACUAUUAUUUCUAUAUUAUGUUGCCUGUAGUGCUUUAUUUUUUUCUCCUUUUAUUAGCCACACUAAAAGUGCUUGCCUCAUUGUUAAACAGUUAGUUGUAUUGAUAGGCAGUCUUGGUGCAUUUUAUUUUUAAUUUUUCCACCUUUGUGCUUAUUUUUUUUUUCAGUUUUGAAAUUCCUUUUUCGUUUCCUUUUUGUAAAAAGAUUGUUGAUCUAUCAAGAGAUUGAAUGUAUAACUUACAACUGAAACUCACAGUUUCAUUUGAAUGCCGUGUUUAUUUGUGCGAAAUAAAUUUCUUUUAUCGGAGGACAAGGGUCCAUAAUGCAGAUAGAUUCCUUAAACAUAUUUUUCAAAUAAAGACGUCACCUUGGAAUUCAUUGCUCUAUUGAUGGCUUUAAGGUGUUAGUUUUGUGUUGUCUCAUAGUUGUUUUAAAGCUUUGUUUAACAAGAGAUGUUGCUUCCUCUAUUUAUAGAAAUGAUGACACUAAAUGUUGUACAGAAGUUUGCUCAAUCCUCCUCCAAAAUCAGCUCACUUUCAGGAACUGUCCAGUCCUUAAGUCACAUGAUCAAGGAUAUAGGCAGAAACUGGGGGAAAGUGCCUUCCAAGAAAUUUUAAUAUUGUUCACCUGUUCCGGUUAGCUAUUGUAUAUCAGCUUUAAUAAAAGCUACACAAUCACCAAUAGGUCACUGUAUUGCUUAUGGGCCCUUAUCUCUCUCUUAAGCCAACUCUUACUGUCAUGUUUCCAGAUUUCAAACUAGCAGUCUAUUCGCAGAUGUUUCUUGCAUCAAACCAAAGAAAAUAAGUCUUACUGUCAUGUUUCCAGAUUUCAAACUAGCAGUCUAUUCACAGAGGUUUCUUGCAUUAAACCAAAGAAAAUAAGUCUUGCUGAAGAUUACUAACUUUGUAUCUUGGAUUUGUCCUAAAUAGGAUCUUGGCAAGUGUUCUUUCGACUUUUAUGCGAGAAAUGGACUUCAUUCAAAUUUUGUGUUAUAAUCAUGACAAUUAAUGUUUAAGUUAAAUAUUUAGAAUUACAUGCAAAUUUGAGUUUAUAGCUGUACAAUUAUACAUGUAGGUUUAUACAUGUAUUAAGAAAUGGUACUCAGCAAAUUUUGAGUUGUUUUUAAAUUUACAAUGCAGUUUGAAGUGGUGACAAUAUUUAUGUGGUGGGUCAAAGAGGAAUGCUAUAUAUAAAUCAAAGGGAUGCACCAAUGGCUUUUUUUAUCGCUAACACAUUUUGAAAAUUAUUCUUGGUGACUAAUGUCUGCUAAAAGACUUUGGCGCCUUACUAUGCUGUAGUAACAAACUGUGAGAGGACAGAUGUAAAAAUGUAAAAAUGGAGAAUUUUGCUUCAUAUUGUUAAUGUUUUCAUUGUUUAUUCUACCUUAACUUUGGUGCAUUUUCAGUGUGUUUAAUAUAUAAAAUAUAUAUAUACAUGUAUAUCUGUACAGGAAAUUGUAAUAUACAAAUGUCUAUAACUGUAUUAUGUCAUUGAAAGUUUUAUAGUAAAAUAAUUCAUUAAAUA